CGCAGCUACAUUAUCAACACACACACACUGCUAUCAUUACACUGAAGCUCUGCGGGAGCGGCGGGAAGUCGGUCCACGGCGGCUCUUCCUCUCUUGUCUUUCUGCUUUUUUUAUUUGAUUGUUUCAGGACUUUUUAUUUUUUAUUUUUUGCUUUUAUCUGUCCUCAUCUGAGCAGCUUUGAGGAUUUAUUUGCAGGCAGCUUAUUCCCGUUAAAGCUGCAUCCCAUCACCGUGUUUCCAUUUAUCUCCACCGGAUCACGCAGGAACGUAUUUUUACUUUUAUAAAAACACUUUUUAUUUUUAUCAUUAUUAUUUGUUGACUCGUUUCAGGAUGAAUUUAGACACAAACUGAUUAUUGUUUAUCCUCAUGACUUCUUUAAUCACAGCUCCGGAUUCUGAUCUGUCUAAUCUGGCUCAGAGAUUUCAGCUUUUUUAAUAGUUUUGAGAAAAAAGGAAAAAACCCGCAAAAACCUGCGGCUCCGCUCCUCCUGUUGCUCUUCUGAAAACCCACCGGCUGCGCUGCGGUUCCUUCCUGCCUUCCUGCCCACUCGGUUGUGCUCGGAUCUCGGUGGGAGUUAACCUGAAACCCCGCAGCCGCUGAGCAAGCACGCAAACCCCGCACCAUGCCUCAGCUGUCGGGCGGCGGCGGAGACCCGGAGCUCUGCGCCACGGAUGAGAUGAUCCCGUUCAAGGACGAGGGCGACCCGCACAAAGAGCAGAUCUUCGCCGAGCUCAGUCACUCGGAGGAGGAGGGGGACCUGGCGGACAUCAAGUCCUCGCUGGUCAACGAGUCCGAGAUCAGCCCCAACAGCAACAGCCACGACGCAGCUAGACAGUCCCAAAUAGCUCCAGAUUCGUACCAUGAAAAACACAGAGAGCACCCUGACGACGGAAAACACCCGGACAUGUACAGUAAAGGCCACCCGUACCCGGCCUACCCAGGCUACAUCAUGAUGGGCAACAUGAACAGCGACUCCUACAUGAACAACGGCUCGCUGUCGCCGCCCAUGGCCAGAACGUCCAACAAAGUCCCGGUGGUGCAGCCGUCCCACGCCGUCCACCCGCUCACGCCGCUCAUCACGUACAGCGACGAGCACUUCGCCCCGGGGUCCCACUCCGGCCAUCACCCCCAGGAUGGAGGCAACAAACAAGGGAUGCCCAGGCAUCAUCCUGGACCAGACAUGCCCAACUUCUACUCCCUGUCUCCUGGAGGAGUGGGACAGAUCACGCCCCCUCUGGGAUGGUUCUCUCACCACAUGGUGCCUGGCCCCCCAGGCCCUCACGCAACAGGCAUCCCUCAUCCAGCCAUCGUCAACCCGCAGGUCAAACAGGAGCCGCCACAUGAAAGUGACAUCAUGCACAUGAAGUCCCAGCACGAACAGAGAAAGGAGCAGGAGCCGAAAAGGCCGCACAUCAAGAAGCCGCUAAACGCCUUCAUGCUCUACAUGAAAGAGAUGCGUGCGAACGUGGUCGCCGAAUGCACGCUGAAGGAGAGCGCCGCCAUCAAUCAGAUCCUGGGACGAAGGUGGCAUGCUUUAUCUCGGGAAGAGCAAGCUAAGUAUUAUGAGUUAGCCCGCAAGGAACGGCAGCUCCACAUGCAGCUCUACCCCGGCUGGUCCGCUCGAGACAACUAUGGGAAGAAGAAGAAGCGGAAGAGGGAGAAGAUGCAGGAAACGGCCACAGGAGGAAAGAGGAACAGCUUUUCGACGUGCAAAGCGAAGGCAGCAUCAUCGGGUCCUCUGCUUGAGAUGGAGGCCUGUUAGAUUCCAUGAAGACCCAAAACUCUCCGGUUCUCAGCGGGACCCCAUCCUCCUCCGCCCCUCCACCUUCACCUCCGCCACACCGGGACAGAUUUAGCUCCUCCCUCGCCUCCUGAAGGCGCCUCCGCUCCGGAGACUGAACUGAACGAGACAAUCAGGAUUUUUAGCGGGAGCGCCGUCGCACCAAACCCUCCGUCUGUCUUCUGCACUGAAAACCCGCAGCACAGACUCCUCCUCUUCCCCCUGCCCCUCUUCCUCCUCCUCCACCGGCACUAACUUAUUCUAACUUAUUUGUCACCUGUCCGUUUUUGUAUAGUCCAUCAGGCCCUCGCUCGCCCCUCCCUCGCUCCGACCUCUCACUGGAAACGUUUUGGGGACCGUUCCACCCGACCAAACGCCUCUUUGUUUUUGUUUUUGUUGUUUCGACAGACUGCACUAAGGAAGACGGAGGGAUCUCAUCUCGUCUCACCAAACGUCCGACCAAGUUGAUGCGAAGAAAAAAAAUGGAUCAUUUCGACUCUCUCUCUCUCUC